AUGGACGGUACCUUUACUGCGAUGCCGAGGCAAGCUCGCGUCUUUGAGUCAAGCCUGCACAGCACCACCCGCAAUACCCGCCAUACCGCCUUUGACAACCUAAUUAGGGACACUCUCAUCCAAAUCGUCCAAGAUUACAACAGUAUGGGCGCUGACUCCCCUUCAACGCCGCCUGCCGGCCCGCUGCUCUCUCAAGAGUCUGCAACCAUCCUUCGGGAGCUAGGAGACUACUUUACUCGUACAGCCCAAAUGUGGUCAACAAUGACGCAUCAUUUGCUGAAUGGGCCACACAUCGAUCAGGUUGCUUAUGAUAUCCAUAGACGCUCCGCUGAAGUAACCCAUCUUACCGAACUAUCUACCAUCAGUGCCGUUGACGUUGAACUCGGUCGUUUACGGCAAAUACGGGAUCUAACAGCCCAGUUCUCUCAAGAUGUCCAGGCCAUCUGGCGCCCUGAUGGCGGCAUAUUAGACAAUUCCUCAUCUAGUCAAUGUUCACGUGGUGGGCAAUUGCCAAUUGCCAACAUGCUAUCUGCUGCAUCAAGCCAGGAAGCUCAAUUUAUGGGCCACGGCCACCCUGCCAACGAAAAUUUGAACACAUUGGCUGGUGGAAUGGCUGAGCAAAUGGAUCUUGGCAACGACUCUGACUCUGACUCCGAUUCUGGAGACGAAGAGCUCUUUGCUGCUAUUGACAUGGAAUCACUCAAACAGAGAGGCAAGGGGUCGCACACGUGCCCCAAAGGGACGAAGUGCGACAAAGGCGGCGUCGACAAAGACGGCAAAGUCAUUGUUUUUGACCGCAACUCCUCAUUUGCCCAGCAUUGUAAUAAACACCGCAAGCCUUGGGUCUGUGACUUGGCAAACUGUCCAAAUACACCUAAGAAGCGCCGGUUCGCCCGGCGAGACGGUCUGGAACGGCACAAGCAAACAGUAAAGCACGAGCCUAAGAAUGCAGAGUCUCAAAUUGGCGUCAGUUAG